AUGUCCCACGAGGCCGCUCGCGAUGUGGCUUGGUUUACUCGCUUCGCUCGCAUCUUGCCUUUGCUACCCGGCGAUUUCGACCCCACUCAGAGUGAGGGGGUCUGGCUUCAUUGCACGCGUUCUCGUCACACUAUCGGUCGCGGCGCUCCAGGGCGGAUCGAUGUCUCUGUUCGCGUCGACAAUAGCAAGGGGCACGUCGGCAUCGUGCAUGCUACCAUCACAUGGGACGAUCGCACCAACCUCGCGUAUAUAGAAGACUCCUCUCUAAAUGGGACCUGGGUCGGAGGUCGUCGUCUCAAGGAGGCAGAGAAGGUCGAGCUUAAGCACAAUGUUGUGGUAUGGCUGGGACCCCCACGCAAAGAAAAAGCGUCUGCGUUCAUCUUCGAGAGUUUUUUGGCAGUCGAUCGUUGGGUCAGAAGAUGGUGCCUAGAGGUGACACUGGGCUCGGGCGCCUUCGGCGACGUUUACCAAAUGCGACUUCGAGAAGAGCCUAAUCGUGUGUACGCCGUCAAGGUCGCGCACUACAGCUCCGAUGGGCAAUCUGGACGGCCCAAAGCGGAGGUUAUGCAAGAAGUCAACACGCUACGCAGAGUUCAAGAUCACCCUAACAUCUGCGCAUUCGAAGAGCAUCACGAUUGCCUGGAGCGCGGUGCUAUAUUUGUUGUCAUGCCUCGCCAAAGUACAGACCUGAGGUCGCAUUUUGCUCGCCGUCGUCCGACCAUACAGGAAAUACGGACUUCUCUCAAGCAGAUUCUGUCUGCUAUCGCUCAUAUGCAGGUAAACCGCAUGGUACAUCGCAACAUCAAGCCCGACAACAUCUUCGUUACAUCAACGUCACCUUACCUUCUCGCAGUCGGCGAUUUUGGGCUAGCAUACCCGGUGAACUUGCCCUCCACGGGCGCUCCAGCCUGCUUGUACCGAGCGGGUACGGUCUGGUACAUGCCCCCGGAAGUCGUCACAGAUGCUCCGUUGGAAGACCCCUUCAAGUUUGAUGUAUUCAGCGCUGGCACAUCCAUAUCUCAUUUGGCCAUGGGCGAGGAAGCGUUCCACACCGGUCCUUGGGACAUACCUUAUGGCAGUACCGACGAGCAGGACUAUUUCGACCAGCGGGAGCUGCGGUGGGAUCUGAUGGAAUCUGCCAAUCUACCCCCUCCAUGUCAAAAUGUUUUGUACGGGCUUACUCAUCCUGACCCGAGCCUCCGUUGGUCUAUCCAGGAAGCCCUCACGUUCAGCUGGAUCGCAGACGCGGACGACGCUUCCGGACAAGCUCUUCCGCCCCCUGUGCCUACCAUCCCUUACAUCGAUGUGACCAGCGAGCGUGAAGGGAACAAUGCUUCGGCCGACCCAUCGACUUCACCUGCUGGCCCUCAGCUCGAUGUUGCUACCAAGAGGCGUUCACCACGCCUGGCAAAUGCGAUGAAGAACGGCGACGUCGAGAAAGACGGCAGGAAGAACGUAGGCGAAGGCAAGAAAGCGAGAGAGGUCUUGAAGAAGGCAGAGCUUCGGGGUCGGCCUCGCCGCAGAGCCAAGGUCGCGUAG